AGGAAAGUGAGAUGACUAAGUCCAAGACUUCUGACAAGCUUGAAAAGUUUCUUGCUGGUGGGGAUAUUAUUCUUAAUUGUUUCAUUCCUGGUGAAAAAGUGGGGGAUAUUUUCGAUGUAACGAUAUCUAAUGCCAAUAACAAUCAAGUUUCCUCUCUCGUGAAUGCAAUCAGAAACCAAUGUCUAGAUCGUUUUCAGGAUAUAGAUUCAAUCAGGCUGGUUUUAUAUAAGGUCGGGUUCAUGUCUGAUAGCGUUGUAAUCCACUACUUAAGUAACAAUGAAUUACUUCGAAGUAGAUGGUGCAAUAAGAAUGGAACAAUUUUUAGUCGUUUUCCCACACGGCCCUAACGUAUCUAUGGCGGUGAAAAGGGAAACAAUGUUAUCGUGUACCUCCUACUGAAACAGUGCCAGAGGUACUAAGCAAAGAUAAUUAGUAUUUUUUAUUUCGUAUCAUAUAGCGAUAUAUUUGCAAUUUUUAUAUAUUGUAAGCCGGCUUCCGGCAACGAUUUAUUUCAUAA